GUAGUCACCAUCCUCCAUUUUUUCCGCACUUUUUGCAAUAAAUUGAUUUUCAUUCAGAAAAUACUCGACUAGCUUUGACGCUAGUUGGAACAAGCUGUUCUGACAAUGGCGCUUCCGCCAUCAUAUCACGAAGGUGUUUCAUGUGAUGGAUGUCUGAGUGGUAACUUCUCUGGCAACAGAUAUAAAUGUCUUCGAUGCUAUGACUUCGAUUUAUGUCAAUCCUGUUACCUUAGUAAUCGGUUUCGACCGGAAGGUACGGAUACGACAUUGUCUCACAACGAGGAUCACCCCGUGCAAAUGAUCAUGACUCAGCGGGACUUUGAUGCUGUUUACGAGGGUGACAGUUCGAAAAACUAUGACGCAUGUCGAAUAGCAUCUUUUACUUGUCCCUACUGCGGACUUAAUGGCUUCAGUCUUCGCAGUUUUGCAAGUCAUAUCUUAAGUGUGCACUCGGAACCACCAGUGCCCCGCGUUAAUGUGAUCUGCCCUAUGUGUAUUGCUUGCCCAGAGUUUGAUGCCAACAGAGAAAUUGAUAAUUUGAAGACACACUGGACAGCAUUCCAUGCUAAUCUCGAAGCUGCAACGUAUCGUGCUGAGCCUACACGGACGAACGCGCGACGUCCAAUGCUGGCGCGAAGGACUGCUCGACAACCAGCUGGAGUUGGUGCAAAUUUGGGAGGUGGGAACGCAGCUGCUCCGGCGGUCGGUAUAGCAGCGGGAGGAGCUGGCACGAUUGGUUUACCACCGUGGAGCGCCGAUAUUGCUGAUGUGGACGAAAUGUUCAGAAUGGUAAAUCUCACCAGACACAUCCCUACAUUGCCUCAUAUGCCUAUCGCUGCUGAAAUGCAGCGUAUUAGUAAUCAGUUGUUUCAGCCUGUUGGGAAUGGAGCAAACUUGCUGCCUGCUCUCAACUCCCUGCGCAAUGUUGUGACGAGGAAUAGCGAAUAUGCACAGCCAAGAAGCUCUAGUUCUGUCAGACAAACUUCGGUGGCAACUCCUGCGCCGCAGAUUGUUCGACCAUUGCGAGUUGUUCCUAUCUAUCCUCCUUCAGAUUCUCAGACUGGAUCUCCUGAUGAGCUAGAGCCUUUCGAAGAACUUACUGAGGAUGAUUCUAGUGAUGCUGGAGCGUUUGCGGAGGAAGGAGAUGUGGCUCAUGAGGAUGAUGAGAAUCAUAGGUCUAGCAACAGCCAUACCGGAAUUGCGAAUGGCACCAAGGGCAGCGCUAUGGACGGAAGCACGACAUCAGCACGUGGCGAUUCAGAUAGCGAGUUUGAAUUCUCUCCAUCUGCUUUUGAUGACAGCGAGACCACGUCGGAAGCAGGACAUGCUGAACCAAGCAACCCGCACUUGCGCUCGGAGAAAAAUUCGGCACCUUUUGAUCGUCCUUUAUCAAAAAGAGAUAUAUGGCGAGCUCUUCGCUCGUCAUUAACAGCUGAAGAAAUGGAAACUUUCAACAACGUUUUGCGACGGGAACCAAGCAGAGACUUAGAUGAAAACGAGGAUGCUCCCGCAGCAGGAAUGACAGGACGGGAACGAGAACGGGUUAAAGUGGAGGAAGGACAAGAAUCUCAGAGCUGGUUGAGCGUGAUGUUCGACGUACCACCACUUUCAUCGUUUUCCAUGGGUAGCUACUGGAACGACAAGCGUUUUCUCAGGCAAAGAAAAAUGCAGCGUGAAAUGAGCAUGGCUAGUAAUACUGAAACACAACUGAACAAGGCUGAUAUAGCGCUGGCUCUCGUCCGUGACAUCGGCCUCGUACCCGCAAGAGGACGAGAAUUUUCAAGUCCAGACGCUUCGUUACGACGAACAUUAGCACAGCUUGACAUUCCUAACAUGCCGACUGGCGAAGGUGAUGAUUUGUCAAAAAGGAAUUCCGAGACUGUCGAACAAAUUAAACAAGAUGCCCUUCUUGUAGCUUCACGACGUCUACAGUCGGAAUCAGAGAUCGUUGCAGCAGCUGUGGUCGAUCAGACUGAAGGCGAGAACUCGGCUGAAGCUUCGGUUGUUGCCUCAUCUCUUCCAGCAGCAUCUUCCUCUCAAGUCAGUGAUGGUGAAUCUUCCGAAGACGACGACGUCUCAGAGCAAUCCGGUCGUCCCGAUGAAGUUGAAUUUCUCGCGACCGAUGGUGAACCACGUUCUUGAUAGUAUUAUCUCGGCAGCCUAUGCAUAACUUGCAAACGUUCACAGUUUGACUACCAUUCGCUUACAGCGAGAGUUUGGAAGUUCACCAAAAAAAUUUGGUUUUCACUCCAUUUUAUAGCUAAAGACAUGCUCUAGUCUCGACCAUUGCUUUCUAUUUCUUCUGACUCCAUUUUAGAUGUCUACUUCUUAUGUUUGCCUAUCAAAUCGACGUAUAGCAUGUAUGUUUUGCUCAAAUUUCUAGUAUCAAUGCAUAUGUUCUUCACAAAUUCGGCGAUAUUUCUU